GCAGUGUGAAGUCUUUUGGGGAUCAAUCCGUCAAAUAAAAAAAGAAAAUAUUAUUUGCACCCUUGAUAACUUCUACAGACUUUCCCUAACAAAAUUAGGCAAAUCUCAACAUUUUUCACUAGCUAACUACAGUAUUGUUCCACCACUAUUUGUACCUUCAUCAUCACCGUUUUUAUCUAAAAGAGCCUUAUCAACGAAUGUUCUCGAGCGUAACCAAUUGAUUCUUGUUAGUGAACGUCAAGUCUCAUUAACUGAGUUUCCAUGUCGUGGUGGCAUCCCAAUUUAUUUUCAAGGUUAUAUCAGGUGCUUAUGUCCACCGAUUCUGUAUGGUUCAUUCUGUGAAUAUCAAAAUCAGCGUGUUAGUGUCACUUUGCAAAUAGGAGCUCCUGAAUGGCGCACUCCAUUUGUUUUUAUUGUCUAUCUUAUGGAUUAUACUUUUGAAAUAAUCAAUUCAUAUCAUUAUAUAAGAUAUUUAUCGAUACGAGAUUGUAGAAAAAAAUUCAAUUUUCAUUUACUCUAUUCUUUUCGACCGAAACCAUUACAUCAAAGUUAUUCAGUUCGCAUUGAUGUGUUCGACAUGUUAAAAGUUAAAUAUCGUGCUAGUUGGUCAUUUCCAAUAAUAUUUUCUUUUCUACCAGUUAAUCGUUUACCAAUUCAAUUAACAGUGCCAUUUAUUAGUGCUUCAUCAGAAGUUACUUGUCCACUUAAAUGUAACAAAGGCCAUGGUCGAUGUGCUUCAUUCUUAUAUAGUGGUAAAUAUUUUUGUCAAUGUGAAGCAGGUUGGUCGGGCCCAUUAUGUACAAUACCGUAUCAAUGUAAUUGUUCUCCAGAUUCACUUUGCGUUGGUACUUGGAAAAAUCAGUCUAUCUGUGUAUGCCCAACACAUAAAUAUGGCAAACGUUGCUAUUUAACAAAUGAUUUGUGUCAAGAAAAAAAUGCUAAAAAAUGUAGAAAUAAAGGUACAUGUAUUCCGCGUGAUCCACGAAUUCUUGUUGAUGAUAGAACGAUAUGUUCAUGUUCAGAAAGAUUUUUUGGCGAUGAAUGUCAAUUGAAUGAUACACGAGUUGAUAUAUUGAUCGCAAUGCCUGUAAUCGAAGACUCACUCUUGAUACAUUUUAUUACUGUUAACUCCCAUAUGCCUACUAUUCAAUAUCUGUCAAGCAAUAAAUGGGGUCCUCAUGAACGUUCUACUACAUUCAAACGAAUUCCUUUUGAUAGUGAUAUUGUUACAGUCUAUUGGUCAAAUCCAUUUCAUCUUAUAUUUGUCGAAUAUGAUAAUCAAAUAUAUUUAGUUUUUAUUCAAUUAAAUUAUAAUAGUUCGGCUUAUCUAUCAAUUAAAUUACAACCGCAUCAACGAUGUCCAUCUGUAGACGAACUAUUGAAUAGAAAUAUUGUAAAUUAUCCACGUCUUCAUCGAGUCAAAUAUUAUCAUAUUCCAUGUCAAGAACGACCUGAUCUCGAAUGUUUUCAUGAUUCAGAUCAAUUUAUUUGUUUAUGUACACAUGAUCGUCGAGCGAACUGCUUUACCUUUGAUCAUCAUAUGCAAUACAAUUGUCAACAACUAUCAUAUUGUGAAAAUAAUGGUCAAUGCUUUCAAAAUAAUGCUAAAUGUCCGACAGCUGCUAUAUGUGCUUGUCCAAAGUGUUACUUGGGUAGUCGUUGUCAAUUAUCUACGCGAGGUUUCGGUCUAACACUUGAUGUCAUUCUUGGUUACCAGAUUCGACCAAAACUUGCUUUUAGUCGUCAACCAUUACCAUUAAUUAUUAGUGGUGUGAUUACUAUUAUAAUGCUUGUAUUUGGUCUUUUUAACGCUUUUGUCUCGAUAAUUACUUUUCAACAGAAACGUCUUCGUACGGUUGGAUGCGUAAUUUAUUUAUUUACUGCUGCAAUCAUUUCUAUUCUUACAAUGACAAUGUUUACUUUGAAAUACUUUUUUCUUGUUUUUACUCAAUUAACCAUGUUACGAAAUCGUACAUUUAUACUCGGUCAAUGUUUGAUAUUAGAUUUUUUUCUUAAAAUUCUUUUACAAAUUGGAGAUUGGUUAUAUGCUUGUGUAGCAAUUGAGCGUCUGAUUACUCAGCAGAAAGAUGUCCAUUUUAAUAAUAAAUUAAGCCAAAAGUGGGCAAAAUAUAUCAUUCUGUUUGUUUGUAUCAUUGUGGCUGGUACAUCAAUUCAAGAACCUCUCAAUCGAGUGCUAAUCGAUGAUGAAGAUGAAGAACGUAUUUGGUGCAUUGUUCGUUAUUCGAAUUCUUAUUCGACUCUUCUGAAUAAAUAUACAUCAAUUAGCACGGUCAUACAUUUUAUUUGUCCAUUUGGUAUUAAUCUAAUUUCUGCUUUUGGACUUAUUCUUUUAAUUGCCAAAAAUCGAUCUGAAUCUGAAGAAAAUGUUUCAUUUCAUAAACAUUUAAAUAUUCAGUUUCGUAAACUUAAAUCUUUCAUUAUUAGUCCUAUGGUUUUGAUUCUUGUAGCAUUACCUCGUAUCUUAUUGGCGUUUCUAGUCGAAUGUAUGAAAUCAGCUCGUGAAUCCGUUAUUAUUUACUUGGUUGGAUAUUUUAUUUCAUUUCUGCCACCAAUACUUCUUUUUAUUGUUUUUGUUUUACCAUCGACAUUAUACUUCAAAGAAUUUCAACGAGUUAUGAAAUCUGAUUGGAAAAUGUUUCGCUGUUGGAAAUUUAACAAAAGAAUUAAUUGA